CCAAUGUUGGUAAGAAGUAUGAGUCGUGGAUUAGAGAAGGAAAAUCACUAGCAACGCUAGACAUUCUCAUUCUGUACAAAACUUUAUCGGAUUUGGGUAUUAAACCAUUUUUUAUCACCAACACUGAAGAAGGAUUUAGACAAGUGAGAAUGACGAACCUAAAGAAAGCUAGCUACAAUUCAUGGUUCAAAUUCAUCUGCAAGGGAAAAAAUGAUACAGGAUAUUCAGGGGUAUAUUCAGAAAAUGCACUUAACUGGAAAACUCAGAAAAGGGCUGAGUUGGUGAAAGACGGAUACAAACUUGUUGGCAACUUAGGAGGGUGGGAUGAUAUUAUUGGAGACUUCUUGUUGAGCACUUACAAUAUGCCGAAUCCCAUGUACUAUUUUUAAGUGCUGAAACUAAAUAGCCGGCUACUUCGAAAUAAGGCUCUGUGAAAUGUUUCAAAAUGCCAUGAU